AUGUCCAUCACAGAUUUGGUCUUGGUGAAUUUUGAGUAUGAGUACGAAACUCGUGAUGGGAAGAAAGUGUCCAUCAAACCCAACGAACAGUACAUUUUAAUCGCCAAGACCAAUGACCACUGGUGGCAUGUUCGCAAAGACGAAACCACCAAACCUUUCUACAUCCCAGCAAAGUAUGUGACUGAACUGCCUCCUGAGGACAUCCAGACUCCCCUGGCUCCCCCAGUGGAGUUCAGUGGGGAUGAUAACGUGCAGCCAUGCAUAGACACGACACCCACAACUCCACCUUUGGUGGGGGUGACACUACGAGUCCCCAAAUCUAUUAAAAACGACACAGAGAAGAACGGGCAGAGAAUAUCCACAUUCACCAUCCCACAAGAUCUCUACAAAUCCAAGCUGUGGGAGUCGGAGAAUUCGACGAGUGAGAUGGAGGUCACUGACUUCUAUAUGGAUGUCACACAGUUUAACUUAGCCCACAAAGAUUUAUCUAAGACCACACCCCCGGAUACUGAGGAAACGGUGGACUCUCUGCCACCAGCCCCCCAGUUUAGCUCAGAUGAUGCUAUUACAACUACUGUAUCAACCCAGGACAAACCACAACCAACUCUGAAGCUUGAGACAGGAUCACAGUGGCCAGAAUCACAGCCAAGCCUUCUACAAGGGCCUAGCUGUGAGCAGCUAUGGGAGCUUAUGGAUGACGGCAUAUAUGAAUCAAUACCUGAAGUGCAACUACCAGAGCCCAAAGUACCUGAAGAGAUGAUGCAGGAGACAGAACAAGCAGUAUCUGCUCCCUCUGCAGUAGCUCCGGUUUCACCACCAGCUGAGGCACAGGAUGAAAUGCCUGAGUCAUUCCCUGAUCCUCCUGCUCCAGAACAGGUUGAACACAAUGACGAGUCGCUAACGGCUGUGUACGUAAACGUAAGUCAAAUCCGUAAGAGUAUCGCAGAAUCACCUCCAACCUCCUACUUUUCUUCUUCAUCACCUGAACCACCCUCAAACACACUUGACACGGGCUUGGAAGGAUGGGAAGUCCACACUGACAGCGAGAGCGGACAAGAGUACUAUUACCACCCUGCCUCAGGUCGUACUACGUGGGAUCACCCGCUGAAUGACAUGGAUCCUGAGGGGGUUGCUGAGGAAUCCUCCUUGUCCCCAAAACCUUGCCAGUCACUUCCACAGUCUCCAGAAGCCUGCUCACCUCCCAGGAAGUUCUCCGGCUGGGAGAGGUUGCUGGACGAGAGCACUGGACAGCAUUACUUUUUCAAUCGUGAUUCAGGACAGAGCUCUUGGGAUCCGCCCGAGGGACUGCAGCCUCCAUCUCCGCCCUCCAUGGACCCACGAGAUGAUGGGCCGCCUCCUCUUCCAGAGGAAGAUUACCCUGCUGAGGAGGACUACCCUUCAUACCCUCCACCAGAACCUCAGGAGCCCAUGUCUCCAUCAUCUUGCUCUUCCCCAUCGGAAUACAGCCUGGCCCAUGUGAAAAGAGCUGUUAUACCAAGGGCCUGUCUGGACCGCACUGCCCCAGCGGGAUGGACGCUGCAUGUGGAUCCAGAUGGGACCUGGGUCUUUACCAGUGACUACACACAAGAACAGUGGAUCAAGUCACUGGACGAGCGAGGGCAGACGUACUAUUACCUGAGAGAUGGCUCCCAAUCGCAGUGGAACCUACCUGAGGUGAGACAGAGUCACUCACCGAGUCAGUGCAGACUUGGUAAUGGGGGCCCUGUGGAGCCGGAUGGGAUGGGAGUGAUGAGGAACUGGAGACACAGCAUGGGAUCGACCCUGGACGAGCACCUAUAUAGUACAUCCUCUAAGUUCCACCCAGCUCAUCACAGGAACGUAUCAGAUUACAGCAGUGAUGCGUCAAGCUCUCCUGAGACACAGCAUCAAUUGCCGAAUUUGGAGAAAGCUGGGAUUCUGAAUAAAACGAAAGUGUCUGAAAAUGGGAAAAAAGUGAGGAAGAACUGGGCUCAGUCAUGGACAGUGCUACACGGUGGAGUUCUGACGUUCCAUAAGGACCCAAAGUCAGCCCCGUCUGGAGGAUUGACUAAGACCAAUCAGAUUGUCCCAGAGUUCACUGUGGAACUGAAAGGGGCGGUGAUUUCCAAGGCAUCAAAGGAUAAGUCCAGCAAGAAAAAUGUUCUGGAGCUGAAGAGUCGAAAUGGUUCAGAGUUCCUGAUUCAGUAUGACACAGAGAGCAUCAUCAAUGACUGGUAUAACAUCAUACUGGAAACCAUACAGCAGCUCGACAUUGAACAGCAUUCAGAUAAUGAAGAUGAUGUUAGUGAAAAGUUGCCCAGCACAGACAGGGAGAGCAAACUCAGCGGGACUCUGGACAGGAGGAGAAUAAGCACUGCAGGCAAACAGCCCUCAGUGAGCAGCAUACCCGAGAUGGAUCAGAAGAAGGUCCGUACCAAACUGCGCAAGUUCCUGCUUAAGAGACCCACGCCGCAGUCCAUUAGGGAAAAGGGUUACCUUAGAGAUAAUGUCUUUGGAUGUCACCUAGCCACGCUUUGUGACCAAGAAAAAUCCACUGUGCCUAGCUUUGUGGAGAAAUGCAUCCACACAGUGGAGGAAAGAGGUCUGGGAAUCGAUGGAAUCUACAGAGUUAGUGGUAACUUGGCAGUCAUUCAGAAACUGCGCCACAAAGCAGACCACGAGGACUUAGACCUAAAUGAAGGUCACUGGGACAUCCACGUCAUCACAGGAGCACUGAAGCUGUUCUUCCGUGAGCUGCAGGAGCCUCUCUUCCCUUACAGCCACUUCAACAAUUUUGUUCAAGCCAUCAAAAUCCCUGACCGUAACACCAAAGUCGCCUACAUGAGUGACCUGGUGAAGUCUCUUCCCAAGUCCAACCAUGACACUAUGAGGGCCUUGUUCCGACAUUUACGCAACGUUAUAGAACAUGGGGAUGAGAACAGGAUGACGGUUCAGAAUGUUGCCAUUGUUUUUGGCCCAACCCUGCUGAGACCUGAGAUGGAAUCACCGAACAUAACUAUGUACAUGAUCUUUCAAAACCAGAUUGUAGAAUUCAUCCUUAAUGAAUAUGAGAACAUCUUCUAA